AUCAUACUAGACCGAACGCUAUGUCGUCGUCAAUUUUCACAGGAGGGGUUACUUUAAACCAAGUAGCCAAACAUGUUCAUUAGCGAUCGUUCCUAAGAAAGGAAAAAGGCAGUGACGAAUCACUGGUCGCCGUUUCUGGCCUCAGCGAAGGAGAAUCUUUUGUAAGAUCGGAGCCUAUCAUCGUCGUCUCCUCUGCUUAAAUUGAAGAGAGAAUCGAAUAAGGAAGCGCACUUGGACUUGGAAUUUGGAAAAUGGGAGAGACAACAACAGAUUCAGAACAUGGCAUCAUGCUCGGUUUUGAAGAUCCCAUGAGGAUUGAUCCCAGAAGAGAUCGUUUCCCGUGCUGCAUCGUCUGGACACCUCUCCCCUUCAUUACAUGGCUGGUUCCCUUCAUCGGCCACGUUGGUAUUUGCAGAGAAGACGGUGUCAUCCUUGACUUCGCAGGGCCUAACUUCGUCUGUGUUGACAAUUUUGCUUUUGGAGCUGUGUCUCGUUACAUCCAAAUCAACAAGGCUAAGGAAUCAUCUCUUUCGUCCGGCUCAUGUUUGUUCAAUAGCGAGGAAGGAGACACUCAUGAGAAAGAGCCAACGUGGGAUGAUGCACUGAGGAAAGGCACGCAAGAGUACCAACACUAUUCGUAUAACAUAUUGACGUGCAACUGUCAUUCCUUUGUAGCCAACAACCUGAACCGUCUUGCGAUAAGAUCAGGUGGAUGGAACGUGGUGAAUCUCGCGGCGCUAGUGUUCCUCAAGGGACGUUGGGUGAGCAAAACUGCGAUGGUCAAGUCUUUACUGCCUACAGUUAUAAUCUACGCUAUAGGAAUGUUACUAGGUGGUUGGACAUUCUUAGCUUCCUGCUGUGUUCUAGCCUGUUUACUUACGGGUUGGUUCAUCAUGGGAACGUAUUGUUUCAAGAAACUGAUCCAGUUGUAG